UUGCAUUUAGCACAGUACACUCCCAGGUUUGAAUCACACUUCUAGCAAAGCUCCAAUGGCGUCCCUAAUAGAGACCCACCGCUCCGGCGCAGAGGUUGUUAGUGGAGAUGCCAUCUGCAGGAAGAAAUCCGUCGACCUGCUGGAAGAGCUCGGCCUCCCCAAGGGUCUCCUGCCAAUGGAGGACAUCCAGGAGUUUGGGUACAACCACACCACGGGGUUCAUGUGGCUGGUGCAAGGGAAGAAGAAGGUGGAGCACACCUUCAAGAAGAUCAAGCAGACCGUGUCCUAUGCUGCCGAGGUGACAGCGUUCGCCGAGAAGGGCAAGCUGCGGAAGAUCACCGGUGUCAAGACCAAGGAGCUGAUGCUUUGGCUCAGUGUAGUUGAGGUCUAUGUUCCUGAGGCCUCGCCAGAGAAGGUCACCUUCAAGACUGGCACUGGCCUCUCCGACAGCUUUGACGCCACUGCCUUUGCACUCGGGGAGUAAAUAUGGAUGCUGAGUUUUAUUAGUUUAUUUAAUCCUUACGAGGAUUACAUACAAGGAUUGUCUUAAUCGUUUGUGCCAAGUUCAAUGGCUUGCUCCAUUGUCUUAC